UAUCUAUCAGCAUUCACGCAUAGCACCCUUUGGUUUUUCUGUGCAACACAACUUCCUUUUCCACAGAGCAAAAAAUGGCUGAAAUAUUCCUUGGUGCUUUCGUUAACGUGCUAGUUGAUAGGUUAGCAUCCGGUGAUCUGUGGAACUUCGCACGUAAGGAGCGGAUUGAUACUCAGCUGAUGAAAUGGAGCAGCAUGUUGGAACAAGUUCAGGCGGUGGUUGCGGAUGCUGAGGAGAAACAAAUCACCGAUCGGGAGACUAAUUUGUGGCUCUCUGAUCUUGAAGACUUGAGUUAUGAUAUGGAUGACGUACUGGAUGAGUUCGCUACCGAAGCUUUGCGACGGAAGGUGAUGGAAGAGCCUCGAGCUAGCACCAGCAAGGUACGUAAACUCAUACCUAAUUGCUGCACAAGUCUCAAUCCAAGCACUCUUGUGUCUGAUUUUAAAAUGAAGUCCAAGAUGGAUGAGAUCACUAUGAGGUUGCAAGACCUUUUUGAUCGAAGAAUGGUGCUUGGCUUGCAAAGCAUAGGUAUGUCUGAUAGAGCUCCACAAAGACAACCCACUUCGUCUUUGACAAUGGAAUCUUAUGUGUAUGGUAGGGGUUUAGAUAAAGAGAGGAUAAUAAUGGAGUUGCUCAUGAGUGAUCAAUCUAGUAGUAACAAAGUUGGUGUCGUCCCCAUUGUUGGUAUGGGUGGGGUCGGCAAGACCACCCUUGCUCGCAUGGUCUACAACGACGAGAUGGCGGAUGAACAUUUUGAGAUGAAAGCAUGGGUCUGUGUAUCAGAAGUGUUCGACAUUGUAGGAGUGACUACAGCGAUUCUCGAGAGUUUUACUUUCCUGACCUUUGAUCUUGUUGCCUUUGAUCAAGUUCAAGCUCAGCUACGAAAGGCUUUGGCUGGGAAAAGGUUCUUGAUUGUUCUUGAUGAUGUCUGGCACAUAAACCCCACUGACUGGAGCAGUUUAAAGAGCCCUUUCAAUGAUGGAGCCCUAGGAAGUAAAGUCAUUGUAACAACACGUAGUAGGGAUGUUGCAAAUACAAUGGCUGGAGCCAAUAGAUAUCAUCAUUUUCUAACACUACUAUCAGUGGAUGAUUGUUGGUCAUUAUUUGCACAACAUGCAUUUGAUGAUAGAAGUAUGGAUGCAAAUCAAAAUUUGGUUUCAAUUGGUCGAAAAAUUAUCAAAAAAUGUGGGGGCUUGCCUUUGGCUGCUAGAACACUUGGUGGCGUUCUACGGUUUAAAUUGACAGAGUAUGAAUGGGAAGAAGUAUUGAACAAUAAAAUAUGGGACUUAUUAGAAUACGUAAGUAAUAGUAUUCCAGCUUUGAGAUUAUGUUACCAUUACCUUCCUUCGCAUUUGAAGAAGUGUUUUACAUAUUGUUCAAUAUUGCCAAAAGAUUAUGAAUUUGAGAAGAAGGAACUAGUUUUCUUGUGGAUGGCAGAAGGCUUAGUUCCGAAGCAAACAGGGCAAAUGCAAAUGGAAGAUCUUGGUUGUGAGUACUUCCAUGAACUGUUAUCGAGGUCAUUUUUUCAACCAUCAAGUAGUGGACUAUUUGUUAUGCCUGACCUGAUCAAUGAUUUGGCUCAGUUUCUUGCAAGCAAAAAUUGUUUUAGGUUGGAGGAUAAAUUGGAAGAAAGUGAGGGAGAUGUACGUAUCAGUAAUGCGCGACAUUCAUCCUACACACGCGGGUAUCGUGAUGGCAUAAAAAAGUUUGAGGCCUUUCAGAAAGCCAAAAAUUUGCGGACAUUUUUACCACUUGGAUCUAGAUAUCAAGGAUUUUCCAACUUGACUAGCAAUGUUCCCCUUCAUUUGUUGCCGGGUCUUAGACGUUUGCGUGUACUUAGUUUGCGAAGAUAUCGAAUAGGUGAACUUUCAAAUUCGAUUGGGGAUUUGAAACAUGUGAGGUACCUUGACCUUUCAUGUGCCUUGAUUUUAAUGUUACCAGAAUCAAUAGGCACUUUCUACAACCUACAAACUCUAAUUUUGAGAGACUGUAAAAAUCUCAAGAAGUUGCCUACCAACACUAGUGACUUGAUUAGUUUGCGUCAUCUCGAUGUUUCUGGUGCAGAUUCCUUACAAGAAAUGCCACCAAAAAUGGGAAAAUUGAUAAGUCUCCAAACUUUAUCAAACUUUAUUGUUGGCAAUGGCAACGAGUCUGCAAUAACUGAGCUGGGCAACUUGAUUCAGCUUAGAGGGACACUUAACAUAUCAGGGUUGGAGAAUGUGGCGGAUGCUCAAGAUGCGAGGAAGGCAAACUUGAAGGAUAAACAAGGCUUAGAUGUGCUAUUGAUGGAAUGGAGUGACAUCUCGGAUAAUUCUCGCAACGAAAGUGUUGAAUCAAAAGUGCUUGAUAUGCUAGAACCUCACAAGAACUUAAAAGAGCUUUCCAUUAAGGGUUACGGUGGCCUCACAUUCCCAAAUUGGGUUGAGAAUUCUUUAUUCUCCAACAUGGUCUACUUGAAGUUCCAAAAUUGUGAAAAAUGCACUUCCUUGCCACCUUUGGGGCAGUUACCCAUGCUUGCAGAACUCUACAUUCAAGGAAUGAAGGCAAUAGGUAUUGUUGGACUUGAGUUCUAUGGCUUGGGUCGCUCAAGUCCUUUUCCAUCUCUAGAGAUUUUAACCUUCAAUGACAUGCCCAAUUGGAAAGACUGGACUCCUUUUGGAGUCGAGGAAGGAGCUCAAGCAUUUGCUUGCCUAUCAAAGCUCUCCAUUAUAAGGUGUCCCAAGCUUUUGCAUGAGUUGCCUAGGAAUCUUCCUCGUUUAAAAAAGCUGAAUAUUGAAGAGUGUCCGGUGUUGGUGGUUGCAUGGGGUCCAAACCCUACACAGCUGAACGAAGUGAGGAAUAUGCUUCCCUUUGAUUCACUUAACUCCUUACAUCUAAAAGAUGUUUUGACCCCCGACUCCUUCUGUAUUCCAAAAUUUGGCAAUCAAAUAGUGCUGAAAAACACAAGGCAUAGCCUCUUGAGCUCGUUGACUUUCUUGAAAGUGGAAAAUAUUCGGGGUCACACAUGCCUACCAAGUUGGUUCUUUCAAGGAUUGACGGGACUCCUAGAAUUAUAUCUCUCUGGUUUCGAAGAACUCACAUUAUUGUGGAAGAAUGAGGUGAGACUACAAGGCCGUCUCCCUGCGCUCCGACGUCUCACUAUUGGAGGUUGCCCCAAACUUAGUUCCUUGUUUGCAGAAGGAGAAGAAGAAGAAGAUGACCUCAAAUCUCUUCAGGAGCUUUCCAUCUACAGGUGUCCACGUCUUAAAUCGUUCCCAAAGACAGGUUUGCCGUCAACGCUAAGAGAGCUGCGGAUUAGAUUCUGUGAUGGUCUGGAGUCCCUACCUGAUUUGAGGUUGCUGGAUAAUCUUGAGGAGUUGGAGCUUUAUUCUUGUUCAUCUCUUAGGUACUUAAGCUUUCCCUGCAAAGCGGUGCAGAGCGACCGAUCAUCACAGCAUGGACAGCGCCUUAGAUUGAAUUUGAGCACAUAUAAAUCUGAACAGUCCAUUACUCGAUCAAAAUCUGAGUCGUCGAUCGCCGAGAUGAAUGGCCGAUCCGGCCGUUUUGCACCCGCUUUGCAAGAGGAUGCUCGGCAACAUCCCCCAUUACCCAUAAGUGGGCUACCGCCGACUCUCCGAGUACUGGAUGUUGAUAAUUGUGCAAAGCUAGAAUCACUACUAGCAGAGGAGGGGAUGAAGAUCAAUUGUCCAGAUCUUGUAUCUAUUUCUAUCACGUCUUGUAGGCGCCUCAAAACCCUACCAGAUGUUGAAAAUAAUGGUCUCAGGAAUCUCAGUCACCUGGUGAUAAGAUCCUGUGAUAAUCUGGAGUCUCUUCCGGAAGGAUGGUUCCCCACAACCAAUCUCACAGAAUUUGAUAUCAUCCGCUGCCAGAAACUCAAGCCCCUUCCAAACCACGCGUACAACAACAACCACCUCGCUUCUCUUGAAAAGCUGGGACUAUAUAGUUCUCCUGCAGCUACUGGACUCGUCUCCCACAUUCUGGAUGAAAGAAAUUCCUCCUACUUCACCAACCUCACUUCACUUACCAUCGCCAAUGUGGAUAUUCCCAUUGGCGAUGGUAAACUGUGUGGUUUGCACAGUCUCAGAAAACUCAACCUUUAUGAUUGUGAUUGGGUGUCGUUUCCAAAAGAUGUGUUGCCCUCCUCUCUGGUCGUUCUGGACAUCUGGAUAUUCCCAAAACUGAAGAAGCUAUCUUUCAAGGACUUCGAAAACCUCGUCUCUCUUGAACAACUUUGCAUUGAGAAUUGUUCCAAGCUCAAGUCCAUUUCAGAGCUAGGACCGCUUGCCUCGCUUUCGGACUUGUUGAUCUCUGACUGCCCCAAGCUCGUAUCGUUUCCGGAGCAAGGGCUGCCUCCCUCGCUUUUGUAUUUGCAGAUCAAUGGGUGUCCGAAGCUGAAACAACGAUGUGAAAAGCGGAAAGGUCAAUAUUGGCGCUUCAUUGCAGAUGUUCCUCAAGUCAUGAUAGACGAGGAUUGACCCAAGCAGCUAAUGACCCAGUACUGCAUUCAUGAGCAGUGAAGAUUCAAGAAUGCGUUAUGCUUCUUCGUAAGAAGAUGUUCUUGAGUAACACUUUGCAACAAGAGGAAGACAGAUGCACAAAGAGUCGGCCUUGUACUUAUGACAGCACCAGAAUGUAUUCAAACAAAUGCUGCUGAUGUUGGUGCUGAUCUUGUGUGCAAGGUUGAGCAGAACAUCCCAGAGGAUGACUCCAGUAUCUAGUGGUGAUAGAUGACAAUGUUGGUGAUAUUUCUGGUUUGGGAUGUGAUCAGAUUGCCUCUUGUGCAGAAUCAACUUGUGCUGCUCUUGUUUUUGGCACCAUCUCCUCAUUUGGGAUUAAUCAUAACUUCAAUGCUUUACCUUAGCUCAUCAGUUCUAUAGGUAUCCUUGUUUGUUUGCCCACCAUGUAAGUGUAUUAAGUAUUUGUGUGAGUGAGUGUAUUAAGCAUUUGUUUGUGAGUAUUUUUCUUCUUGAGAAUUUUUAUCCUAGUGAUGUUAUUUGUACCCAAAAACCUCUAAAGACACACGCACUUGCACAGUGUGUGCUUGCAUAAUGAGUAUGUCUGUAGCAGCAUUGUUGAAAUGAAAAAAGUUGGUUUGUUUA